ACACCGAAUCAUCAUUUCAUUGCUUGCUUUGUUCUUUUACAUAUCAAUUCUCACAAGCUGUUCUCGAAAACAUGCUUUCCAAUAUCGCCUCAUCGCUAUUGCUGGCCAGCACCGGCAUGUUGCCUUUUCCCAGAAAGCCGUCCAACAACACGCAAGAUCCAAGACUGUUGGCAGAUCCCACGUUUCCCUGGGAUGAUUUGCUUGCAAGCGAGACGCUAGUUUAUCAAGAUUGUUACUACGACUUCCAGUGUGCCAUGCUCCAAGUUCCCAUGGACUGGAAUGCCGAAGAAGGAGCAAGCAACAAGACUGUAGAGAUAGCCAUCGUCAGGCUUCCUGCUACUGUUCCGGUCACAGACCCCAGAUACGGUGGCGUCGUCAUUGUAAAUCCUGGUGGUCCUGGUGCUUCUGGUGUGGAAACGGCAGUCGACUUGGGCAAGAGACUCCAGACCUUAGUGAGCGCGGGACCGACUGCAGACAAUCAGACCGCGAAAUACUUCGAUAUCUUGAGCUUUGAUCCUCGAGGCGUCGCCAAUACUCGGCCGAACUUUCGCUGUUUCCCCAACUCCCUCGAGCGCCAGAGCUACGAGACAUUACUCAGUGCAUAUGGUUCUCCUGGCAGCAACUUUGAAGCCUUCAGCAAUAUCUGGACUCUCCAACGUACUCUUGCAGACUCAUGUUCAAAACGAGCCAUCGAGGCAGGUAUCGGCGAACACAUGUCUACAUCGAACGUGGCCAGAGACAUGAUCGAAAUCGUUGAGAGGCACGGCGAAUGGAGGGAGCAAGAAGCUCGAAGACUUCUCAAGUCGUCUGGAAGUUCUGACACAAAUCUGCUUUCUCGUGUCGAAUAUCAGCCUGGGAAAGAGAUGGUCCAGUUCUGGGGCAUCAGCUACGGCACUGUACUGGGAGCCACUCUUGCCGACAUGUAUCCUAAGAGGGUCAAGCGAGUCGUCCUGGAUGGCGUCGUCGAUUCCUUUGACUGGUACAAAGGGGAACUCACCGCCAAUCUUCAAGACACAGAUCUCACCAUUUCAAAGUUCGCAGAAUACUGCUGGUUAGGCGGACGCGAGAACUGUGCACUCUAUCACGACAACGGCGUCACUUUUAUCGCUGAGCGAUUUGACAACAUCAUGCAGAAGCUUCUGCAUAACCCUGUCGGCCUACCAGGAACAGACCAUACCUCGGCUCAUCUGAUAACCCAAGAUAAAGUGAGAUCCGUAUUCUUCGGAAUGGCAUACAGCGCGCUUACUGGGUUUGGCGGGUUCGCAGAACUACUAGCAGAGCUCGAAAGAGGCGAGGUUACUGCUCCGGCGUUUGAGCGACGUGUUACUACAUUCUCGACGAAGAAAGAUCUCCCCGAAUUGUAUGGACCCUAUUCAUCUGCCUGCAAGAAAGAGGGACCAUACUCACGUGCUUGCGAUCCGGAGCUCGACGGAGCUUCCAUGGCUCUCAUUCGCGAUGCAAUCUUCUGCACUGACGCGGAGGACCGUACCAACACAACCAAGGAGGAAUACUGGAGUUACACCCAAGAUAUGAUGGAACAGAGUAGGGUAAUUGGAGAUGCGUACGACAACCGACUGCAUUGCACACAGUGGCACGCUCGUGACAGUUGGAGAUACGAGGGAGACUUCAACGCCACAACCGCUCAUCCUAUCCUCCUCCUGGGGAACGUAGUUGACCCCAUUACCCCCCUCCGCAAUGCCUACAAGAUGUCGAAGGGCUUCCGGGGUUCGGUCGUCUUGGCUUUGGAUAUAGUGGGACAUGCAUCUGUCAAUGGUGUCAGCUUCUGUGCAUCCAAGGCCGUGAGGAACUACUUCCAGACAGGUGAGUUGCCCGAAGUAGGCACGAUAUGCCCAGCAACAAGAGUCCCAAUGGAUGGCUUCACGGAGGAAGAUGAUCAUCCUUUGCCCAAAGGAGAAACAGACGAAGCCUUGUGGGAAGCCAUGGUUGAUUUUGUCAGCUAAUAGGUUCAUCGUGAGGAUCGGGUCACCUACGUCAUUGUUAUGGUUUGCAGGCAUUCUUGGAGGAUGUUAGAUGGUGCUCAAUGAGUUGCCUUCAGGAGGAGUAUUCGGUAUAGCGAAAACACAUAUCAAGCUGAAGUAUCAAAUACCGUAUGAUCACAACG